CGGCUGUCUCACCGCAGACGCUAAGUCAGGCUGAUAAGGCACCCUAACCCAAACGUUGCCCAGUGGACGUUGGUCUGUUUGAGAGUAAGAGUCUUGUCCUGGCACAGUGCAUGUGAGGUGGCUCAGCUUCCCCCCAAAUCCCCUUAGCGCCAGUCUCCCCUAUUCUGGGCCACUGCCCAAGUGGCUGGACACUGUAUGCCUUUGUUCGUACUGUCCCGAAACAAAGAUCCUAGAAGCAAGCUGCACUUGGGGCAUCUCCUGAAUCGUUCGCGAGAGCCUUUCCCUCCCCUUAUUAUCUUUUUCAGCCCACUAAGCUUCGUCGGUCGACAACUCUCUCUCCUCCAUCUUCCCCAACCUUCAAUCCUACCAUUCGAGGCUGGUGCCUCAUUGCUCGCAUCGUUAGGGGUCGGGUUGCUUUCCGCAAACAAAGCUGGCAUUGAGCUCAAUAGAUUUUUUUUCUCUCUUGGCCUUGGGGGUCCCCUUUUUUUUCUCCGUUGCAACCUAUUAGGACCUAGGCGGAGCCAUCUAGACACGAAUUACGAACAACCUUAACCAAAGACGCUCUUUAGCACAUUACGAUUCCAACAAGCCGUCGUCUUGAUAUCAUUUUA